AUGUCUUAUCCAGGUCAACAACGACAACGAAGAGGUUUUUAUGUCAGCAGGGCAUGUACAAAUUGUCAACAAAAACACACAAAAUGCUCUGGAAAUGUAAUUUGUGAACGUUGUACACUACGUAAUCUUGAGUGUACUUUUAUUGAUUCGGGUAAGAAACGUGGACCGAGGGUGAAUUGUAAAUUCUCCGAACAGGUCUCUGUUUUUAACGGUCCUGAAAAUGAAUUUGAAGGAAUAUCUAUGCUGUCCUCCACAAUCCCUAAUGCAUUGCGAGAUCACGCAUCGACUCUAUCAUCACCAUCAGGAUAUCCACAAACAUCAGACAAUAUUGACAAGGUUACUCUUUAUUCUAACUAUGAAGAACAAAAUAUUCGUGCUUUUCAAGGAGUUGAUCCAUUUUCUUAUCAAGCAUGUACCGAUACUGGAUUCGUUAUGCAAGACAAUAAUAUUAUGGAUAGUACACCCAUUAAUCAUAAUAUUAUCUUUUUAUAUGAAGACUUGUUCUUUGAUAAUAAUUAUAUUCUACCAUUCCACAAUUAA